AAACGGUCUCAAACCACCGCGGAAUAAGGACGUGCGUGUUAUCGUAAGGACGUAAGUGCUGUCAAAAAAUAUAUCGAUACAAUGAAGUUGGCGCCGUUUGAUGUGAAGAAUGAGAACUAUCAUUUGGGCCAUUUGUUUUUGGAUGCGUUGAGAACAGCGAAGCAGGAUGAAAUUUUACAGAUAGACGCGGCUACUGAGGAGAGCGAGACUUAUGCCUCAGUCCUGGCUCGUACCAUCCAACUGGCCAGGUGCUUCAGAAAGCUCGGAGCCAAGCCAGGAGAUGUGCUCGCUUUGGGCGGGAAGAACCACUUGGAUCUGCACAUACCGUACUACGCUGCGCUUCUGAAUGGCUACCCUUUAACUGGAGUAGACCCUAUGUUUAAAUACACUGAAAUUAAGAAGCUCUUCAAGAUAUGCUUGCCAAGGAUAGCUUUCUGUCAGAAGGAGUUACUGGAAGCAUAUGAUCAGGUUGUGGAAGAAUUGGGCCUGAACACCGAAAUCAUUUGCUUCGAUGAAGGAGACCGCUCCCUGGCGAAUUUCAUCAAAAAAUACGACGACAAUGAUGGAGAGGAAUUCUUGCCCGCGAUAUUAGACAGGAAUAAGAGUUAUGCGUGGCUGAUCAGCACGGGAGGAACCACUGGUGUCGUCAAACUAGCUGCCAUCACCCACAUGAGUCUCAUGAUCAAGUUGGAGCAUAUGAAGGUCUUCUUCCCGAACUAUACUCGCUCUACCAAUAGUGAAUAUAAUAUGGGGUGGAACAUAUCUCCCGUGCAAUGGAUUUCGGGUUUCUACGGUGCGAUCACGAUGCCUCUACAACGUCAUAUCAAACUGCAAUCCUCUCAACCUACAACAUCAGAACACGUUAUAGAUAUGAUCAAUAAAUAUAAGCCCGUAAGUGCGUUCCUGAGUCCAUAUUUAGCAACAAUACUGCUUAAGAGCGAGAAAAAAUGUGACUUCUCUUGCUUCGAUAUCUUAAUGAUUUCGGGAGGAAAAGUGCAUAAAGAUAUGCAUCUGGCAUGGAGAAAAAAAGUUCGUCCAGGGGUUCCAGUAGUAGAAAUGUAUGGCCAAACUGAGAAUUUGGGAGCUGUGUUCACUGGACAGCCGGAUGGACCCAUCGGAAAUUGUGGAACCGCAGUGCCAUCUCUGACGCAAAUCAAGUUGGUUGAUCCUGACACGGGUAAAGAAGUAACUGAACCGAAUGUACCGGGAGAGUUGUGGACAAAGGGACCUCGCUUUACGGAGUAUUACAAUAACCCAGAAGAGACUGCGGAGGUUUUCACGGAAGACGGCUGGUUCAAAACCGGUGACAUCAUGCGCAGAGACGAGAAUGGAUACUUUUUCUUUGUCGAAAGGUUGAAGAUGCUCAUCAAAUACAAAGCUUACCAUAUAAUCCCCCCAGAAAUCGAGGCAGUAAUCCGGGAGCACCCAGCAGUGUACGAAGUUAGCGUCACCAGCGUGCCUCAUGAGGAGGAUGGAGAGCAUGCCGUCGCGUGCGUCAUGAGGAAGCCUGGUACCAACGUUACGGCUGAUGAGAUCAAGGACCUUGUUGCUAGUAAAUUAUCAGACUCACAAAGACUACGAGGUGGCGUGAUCUUCAUGGACCAGAUUCCUAUGACUUCGAGUGGAAAGGUAGCGCGCGGCAAACUUCGACAAUUGGUGCAGACGCUCCAUAGAGAAUAGAAGAGAUAUACCGUAGUUGAUAUUCUUAGCUCAAAUUACUCAAAUGCUACCCAACUUUAAGUAUUACUUAAAACUAAAGCUGUAAGUCUUUCUGUCGCAAUUAUUUACGUCAGUUAUUUACAUACACAUACAUGUUAUAUAGUUAUUUUUUAUUAUUUUUUAAGUGUGACAACCACAGUGUGAUGUUUAAAUUCAUUAUUCAGCUGUUAUUAUAAAAUAAUUUUUAUAAUAAAAUGUUGAUUUCUGUAAUCAUUUUGCAACAAUGACUGAUUUUGAUGAGAAAGUUGUAGGUACUAAUUGGUUUUUAAAACAAAGAAGAAAAUUAUAAGAAAUGUAAGUUACCAUGUUAUUGCAGUAUUUUAUGUAGAAAGUGCGAGUAUGACUCGUUGUACCUAUGUCUAAAUAAAUAGGAUAAUGUUAAGUAUUUAUAAGUAUCUUUAUGAGUUUUGUAAAUGAAUUGUAUAAAUUAAUUGUUUUU